AUGGAGGGACUCUGCUUCCCACAACUCCUCAACUCCUCCUGCAGGACGCCAGAUCCUCCUCGCUCUGGGACUGCCAUCGUCUACGUCCUGCUGUACAUCAUCUCUGUGCUCACUGCAGCUCUCAACCUGCUGGUCGUCAUCUCCAUCUCCCACUUCAGGCAGCUCCACACCCCCACCAACUUCCUCCUGCUCUCGCUGGCCGUCUCAGACUUUUUCGUGGGGUUCAUGGUGAUGCCAGUAGAAAUCCUCCUCAUGCAGACCUGCUGGAUGCUGGGUGACCUCAUGUGUGCUCUGUAUUACCUGGUGCCCUUCAUCGUCAUCGCUGCCUCUGUGGGAAACAUGGUGCUCAUAUCUGUGGACCGCUAUGUGGCCAUCUGCGACCCUCUGCACUACCCCACCAGAAUCACGAAGAAAAGAAUCAGAGUCUCUAUAUGUCUGUGCUGGCUCUAUGCUGUGUUGAUGAGCAUUUUCAUAUUUUACAACCACCUGAAACAACCAGGCAGGUAUAACUCUUGUCAUGGGGAAUGUCUGGUUGAAAUUGCAGGGGAUGUUGACAUGUCUCUUUGCUUCAUUAUUCCCAUUACUAUCAUUAUUGUCCUGUAUAUGAGAAUAUUUCUGGUGGUGGUGUCUCUGGCUCGUGCCAUGCGAUCCCAGGUUCUGGCUGUCAAGGUAAAAAGUUCAAGGACUGUGACAUCUUGGAAAUCUGAGAGGAAAGCAGCCACGACUCUCAGUAUUGUUGUUUUUGUGUUCUUGAUGUGUUACUGCCCGUACUACUGUGUUGCUCUCACAGGCCACAAAAUACAGAUCGGUUCUUCAACUGAGGUGUUCAUGAUUUUUCUCAUGUAUUUAAACUCCUGUCUGAACCCUGUCAUCUACGCUUUUUUCUACCCCUGGUUCAGGAAAUGUCUCAGGCUCAUUGUUGCACUUCAUAUACUGCAGCCUGGCUCCUGUGAGGCCAAAGUGAUGUGA